AGAGUGCAGCCCGGCGGCUCAGCAGCAGAUGUCUGAGUCCUCCUGACGCUGAGCUGCACACCGACGCGGCUCCAUGUUCACUUUCUGCGUCGUCAAACUUCUUUUUUUCUCUCGACACAGCGACGAGUUAAAAAAAAACAAAAAACCAACAACCCAAAACCAAAAAAACUGCGUGUCUGAAUGAAACGAGCUCCUCGGGCGGCGUGUCGUUCAUGGCUGGACUCUGAUAAAAGGAACGAAACAGCAACAACAAGUGAGUCGGAUCUGAGAGGCCAGAUUAAUGCUGUUCACCCUGUCCGGGACUUCGACACAUGCUCUUUGAGAUCUCUUCCCACACAGGUUCGAGCACAGCUGUCCGCAGACUGCGAUGUCAUCGAAAAUGCAGAGCUCCAGUAGCAUAGCUCAGGCCCGGCGGACGGUGCACCAGCUGAGGAUAGAGGCCAGCUUCGACAGGAUAAAGGUGUCCAAGGCUUCAUCGGACCUGAUGCGCUACUGUGCAGAACACGCCAAGAAUGACCCGCUGCUCAUGGGCAUCCCCGCUUCCGAAAACCCUUUCAAGGACAAGAAGCCUUGCACUGUUCUGUAGAGGAACACCUGAACUCUUGCUGCUUUCCUUUUCAUUCUUGUAUGGGGGGGAAAUAAAAAAAAACUGAUAGGAAUAUUGUUCACAGCUUAUCUUAAGGCCAGUGUAUUCCCCUUAAUCUUUCCACAAGCUCUAAAUCCCUCUUUGUCUGCUGUAAGAUAGCAGAAAACACCAAAGAACAGGCAGAAGUCUGAAGCUGAGGCCUCGGGUCGAAGUAAAACUGAAUGUAGCUGAGCUGCAGAGGGCCACAGACGUCGGCCUGAAAUGGGAGAGUUCCCGACUCUCUAAUUAUCACAGCGGCCAUAAACAAACCCCUUCAAUCAUUUGGUCCAAUCAGAUUCAGGCUUUUUUAGCUUUCACCUCUUGCUUUCAUCAGGCUUGCUUCAGGAAACAGUUGUUGUAGUUUGUGCGCUGCUGAUAAUGAACAGCCGAGAUAAUGACAUCCUGUCGCUGGGAGAGAAAACGGUGCCGUCCAUCACACGAGGACAAACUGAUGCACAUCUCCCUACUUUUAUAUUUUGCAAUCAUGGUCACAGUCAGAAACAUAGAGUUAUAAAUUUAAAGUCCAACAACUGCAUGUAGAAAAAUCCUUAGAAACUGUACCCGACCCUAAUCUACUGAGCCUGAGGAAAGCUGCGGAAUAAUAUUAAUAUUAAUUAUUAAUUAAUCAAUUAAUAAGUAUUGCUUGUCUGAGGUUUGUCAGACAGUAUUGUGACGCUGCUGGUAUCAGAUGAUAUCUGUGUCCUGGUAAUUGCCAGUUUGUGGAGGAAAAAAAAAAAAAAGAAGCUUGAGCGAGCUUACAUCAGCAGUGUUAGCGAUGUUAGCUUGCUAGCGUUAGCAGCUUUAGCUAAUGCACAAACUGGCAACAGCUCGGGGGGGCAGAUGACUCAGACAACUGGGGUGCUGUGAUGUGGAUGCAGUGGAAGGGUACGUCAUCAGUAACACCUUUAAUGAUACUUUAGACAGCAGUUAAAUUGGUUCAGCUUGGUUCGUACUUGUUGACAAGUAUUUUGUAAUCUUUCCUCAGAAAAAUGAUUUGAAAUGAGUUUCUUCUUCCCUCGUUGCUUUUGGAUGCAGUAAAGUUUACUGACAGUGGACCUGGAGUGUUGGGAUUAUUUGAGUUAGCUGCAUUUUUUUCAAUAGUUCCUUUAAUUGAAUCCUUUGUGUACCAGAGGGGGAACUCUCCUGACGAAACGCUCAACACGUCUCUCUCUCCUUGUUUUUACGCUUUUUGUUUACGUUUGCCUUUUAAAAAAUGAAUGUAAAGCUUUCGGUGCUUUCGGUCCAUCUUUCUCUAAAAAAAUUGAAUAAAUAUGAACCAUUUCACUGCAGAUUGUGCGUGACAAGGGUAUUCCUUGAUUUAUAUGAAGAAAUAUUAAUGAUCCGGCCAUCAUUGCUUGAAAAAAAAAAAAAAGAGGUUUUUGAGCUCAAUCUGUGCCAUCCUGUCAGAUCGACCUGUUCAGUGUCCCGAUCGUUCUGUGUUCGGUCUGAGCUGAGGAUCAUUACGGUACGAUUCGGGCACUUUGACGACGUGUGACCGGCAGCGUGUAGCUGUGACUUCAUGUCAGUUUUGUGUUGGUGCUCAUGCGAAACUAUUAGCAACUAAUUUCUUUUUUGCAAUUUCUACCAGCCAGGAGCCUUAAAGAUGAAGUGAUCCGAUUUCAACUUUCGACUACCUUCUAGUCACAUAAGUGCUGUUGUAUUGAAUAAUACUGUGAAUAACAAAGGCCCUUAGCUGAAGGGAGUAUAUCUCACUGUUGACUUCAUGUAUGGCAUCGUAUUUUUAAAAAAUGACUUAUGUUGAAUAAUAAAUAGCAUCUCUCAUGUUGUAUGUCCAUGAAUAUUGUAGCGCAGGAUGUACGUCCAUGAACAUGUAUGUGCUUUGCUUUGCUCUUUGCUGUACUUUUGUAGGACUGAACUUCAGUCAGACGUCAGCUUUUAAUUUCUGUUCUGUGACGUUAAUUCAACUCUUUGAAUUAAAACUGUUCUGUUUGGAUUAA